AUGUUGCUAAAAUCUGGUGGACAACCGGAUGUUGCACAAGAAGAUGGAGAGACUUGCCUUCACAUUGCAGCCCGAAACGGCAAUAAGGACAUCAUCAAGUUCCGCAGUCCUAAAUUGCUAGUAUAUAUGCAAUUGCUCCUAAAUGACAAUGCCAGUUUGAAACUGGUUUCGAAAGCUGGUGAGACUCCCUUGCACGUGGCUGCCCAGUCCUGCAAUUACGAAGCUGCACAAAUGAUUAUCUCCCAUAUGGCACAAAGUUGUUCGCCAGAAGAGAUUCGAGACUAUGUGAAUCAAAGAACGAAGGACGGUUUCACAGCGGUUCACUACGCUGCUCAGAUAACAUCGGAUAAAGUCCAUUACCCCGGAGAAGAUGCAAAACUCAUGAAUCUGCUUGUCGACUCUGGAGGACAAGUGGACUUGCAAUCCAUCAGCACCGAUGAAACUGCUAUGCAUAUGGCAGCUCGAUCUGGUAAUCAAGCUGUUCUCCUAGCUAUGGUGAACAAAAUUGGAGCUGGAACGGUACAGAUUGUGCAGAAUCGGCAGAAUAAGGUAAGCAGUUGUCAGAGGUAUCGUUGAUU